GCGUGAGCACUCCCGCCACUAUUGCCUCCUAGCUCGUACAGCCACUCCGGCUUAUCUCUCUCGUCCUUCCACAGCCUACCCACUCCCCCAAUGUCUGUUGCUCUCGAAGAGCCAGCGCAGCCUGUUCAUCUCCUCAGCGAGACAUCUGCAGGUCCCGCUGCGACCGCUGACGUCGACCCGGCUUUGGAUGAAGUCGUGAACGCGCUCAGUAAGACAGAAACUCCGGCACACGACUGUGUUCACCAAGAGGAAGAUGGCGCUGUUGAUGCCAGCGCACAGGAGCCCACAGACGAGGAGGUGACCACAGAGGCAGCAGCUAGCGCACAGAAUGACGCGAUCGAGAACAAAGGUGCCGAGGUGUCUGUGGCGGACGCGCAUCCCGAGGCAGAUGAUGUUGCGGAGGACGUGGCAGACGACAAGGUGGAGCCCUCUGUCCCCGCCGGGCCUGCUGACACUGCUACUGUUGGAGAGUAUCCAGCGGAAGAUGUGCCUCCCCAGGAACCAUCUCCGGUCGUCAAGGACGCCGCUCUCACGGGAGAGGAACCUGUCACGGAGGCCACUGCUCCAGAACCGACCGAUCCCGCGGUAUCCUCCGACGAGACGGUCGAAGGGCCUGUACACGAAUCCGAGCCAGAGCCUGCUCCUGCUCCCACUGAGGUGGCCGAGCCACCUGUCACUGAAGCCGAGGCUCCCGUCCCAGAGCCCGAAGAGACCACGACCGAGGCUGCAUCUGUCCCCGAAGAGAGCGCUGUUCCCGCAGAGGCCCCGUCGGAUGAGGCAGAGGAGCCAGCUCCGGCCGUCGAAGACGCUCCCGCUCCUGUGGCAGAAGAGGUUGUGACUGAGGCGCCUGCAGCUGAUGAGCUGACUGUGCCUGAGGAGACGCACGCCGUCGCAAACGUCGCUGAUGAAGUCGCCGCGCCUACCGAGGACGCGCCCGUCCCCACGGAGGAGCCAGUCGAAGAGGACGCGCCCGCGCCCGCCACCGAGGAAGUUCCAGUGGUCGAGGAGACGCCUGCCGCUGAGGAGCUUGCGCCCACUGAAGAAGCUGUCGCUGAAGAAGAGUCUCCCGCGCCAGUCGACGAGGUUCUUGUUGCUGUCGCAACUGCCGAUGAAGGUACCCCUGCGCCCGCAGCUGAACCCGGCGCGUUGGAGGAGACCGUUCCUGUCGUCGAAGAGGCUGCUGAGGAGCCAGCCACUGAGGAGGUACCCGUCGUCGAGGAGACCGCUGCGCCAAACGAAACUGAAGAGUCCGCCCCUGAGUCGCAGCCCGUCGUCGAAGAGACCUCUGCACCUGUUGUCGCUGAGAGGUCCGCACCCGAGCCCGAGCCUGAGCCCAUUGCCGAGGCCGCCGUUCCCGAGGAGUCAGUCGCUGCUGAGAUCGCUGCGGAGGAGGCACCUGUUAUUGAGGAAUCUGAAGUCGCUGUCGAAGAGCCUGACGCUGAGCACGCGGAGGACAGCCCUGCUCCGGUUGUCGAAGACGCCAUCGAGAGCGCGCCUGCAGAGUCCGAGGCCGCUGCCGUCGAGGAGCCUACGCCUGAGCCCGAAGUCGUUCCCGAGUCUGCGCCGGAAGUGGUCGCUGAAGAACCCGAUGCCCUUGAGGUAUCUCACGAGACCGGAGUGCCCGAGGAGAAGCCCGCUCAUGAGCAGGCGGAUGCUUCAGCUGACGAAGCGAGCAAACCCGAGGCUGAGGAAGUCCUCGCCAUCGAGGAAGUCGUCGAGAGCCUCCCUGCCACAGAGGAGGCGCCAGCAGAAGAGCCUGCCGCCGAGGAGGCAGGAGAAACUCCUUCCGCUGAGGAUCCUGUCGUUGCAGAUGAUACCCCUGUAUUAGAGGAGACCGCACCAUCCGAGGCUCCCAUUGUUGAGACUACGGAUGUCCCAGAGGCGGAAGUGGAGCCCCCUCCCGUCGCAUCCGAGGAGAUUGUCGAAGAGGCUAUAGCCGAGGACGCUGGGCCCGUCGAGGUGGCGGUUGUAGAGGAGGUGAUCCCUGUCGAUGAAUCAGUCGAUGCUGUGGCCGAAGUUCCUUCUGUGGAGAUCCUGGCUGUGGAAGAGGCUGCUGCCGUGGACGAAACACCAGCUGCGGUUGCCGAGGAGCCCGCCCCUGUUUCCGAAGAAGUUGCUGCGCCGGAGGAGGCUACUGUCGCAGACGCUGAGGCCGAACCCGCCGAAGAGCCUGCCCCCGUCGAGAAAUCGCUCGAAGAGGUUGCUGUUAUGUCUACAGCGGAGGUUGCCGUAGCGGAGGAGGCCCAUGCUGCAGAGGUCGAGGAAGCAGCUCCGGCUGAGGAGAUCACUACUACUCCUGCUGCUGCUGAGGAAGCCGCUAUCGAGGUGCCUGCAACAGAGGUCGAGGUGCCGAUUGUGGAGGAUGCGACUGUUGUCGUCGAGGACGUCAAGGAGGAACAUGAUGCUGCUGUCGAGCAAGUCCUUGCUGUGGAACAUGCUGCAGUCGAACCUGAAAUCGUCGCUGCCACCGAAGAAGUCGCAGUUGCAGAGGAGUCAGAAGCCGUUGAGCCUGUUGAGGAGACCCCCGUUCAAGUUGGAAUUCCGGUGGUCGCCAUCGAUACUGUCAACGAUGAGCCCGCAGAAAUCGAGGCCGUAGCUGAGCCUGUCGCGUUCUCGCGUAGCCCGUCGCCGUCUCCUUCGCUCCAGGAAAGGCCCAAGUCGCCUUGGACUCCGUCGUACAGUGUCACUACCCAAGGUCCGGGUGCGAACGAUGCUGAGGAAGAGAAGGAGAUCGCGGAGCUUGAACAACUUCCUCCUGCGACUGAGGAAGCGGCAGUGCCAACUCCUCUCGUCGAGGUCACCGCCGAGCCUGAGGAAGAAGCCGCUGCUGAGCUGGCUGCUCCACAAGAGGCAGUCGAUCGUCCGAAGUCGCCUUCCUGGGUGCCAUCGUACUCUGUCAGCUCCCAGGGAACGAGCCCGCAUCACUCUCCCAAGCCAUUGCCGGAAGAGGUCGUUGAGGAGCCACUGCCUGCGCCUGCUGCCGAGCCCGAGCCCGCUCCGGCUGAGGAGGUUACUGCGGAGGUUACCGCUCCGACGGAAGACAUUGACGAGCCGGCAAAAGCCGCCAAAGUGGAAGCUGUUCCGGAAAUGGCGGUACCGGAGGAACCACUUGUCGAGGAAGCCAUAGUCGAAGCUAUCGAGAAGGCGCCUGCUAUCGAGGUACUUGCUACAGAGGAAGUCGAAGCCGUUGAGCUGGAGGAAGCGCCGAAGUCCACUUGGGUUCCUUCGUACUCCGUCAAUUCCCAAGGUUCCAGUCCUCUCCGUACGCCUCAGCAGACGGCUGAGGACGCAGAUGUCAAGGAGAUUGUGUCGCUUCCUGAGCCUGCGGUUGAGGCAGAGGUAUCUCAUGGGCCGUCCCCUGUCUCUGUGGAGGAGCUGAAGGUUGUUCCUCUGGCUGAGUCGGAAGUAUCUCAAGCGCCUGAGCCCGUCGAGGCGGUUCCCGAGCCCGUUGUUGAGGUCACCGAGCCCGACGUUGCGGUUUCUGAACAGAUAGAGGAGACGCCUGCGCCAGUGAUCGUCACUGACACCGCGGAAGAUGUCCCGGAGCCGAAGACGCCUCCGACUGUACCAGCGGAUAGGCCAAAGUCCCCUUGGACCCCAUCCUACUCUGUUACAUAUCAAGGCAACAGUCCUCUUGGCACUCCUUCUGUUUCGACGAAGGAGCUUGGGGAGAUUGAGGAUCUUCUCCCACCGGUGCAGCAUGAGAAGCCAUCCAUCGUCGUUGAGGAGUCGGCUCCCGUCACUCAUACUGAGCCCGCUGAGAACCGUGAUGGGGAGGAACCUCUCGCCUGGACACCUUCGUACUCCGUCACGAGACAAGGUCCUGCCUCUGAUGUCGGCGCAGACGAGGAGCCCGCUACAUCUGCUGAGCAAGCUGUGAAGCCUGUGCCCGAUGUUACGACCAAUGGUCACGGCCAGAGCGUGAGCUUCCCUGCCACCGAAGGAUCCAAUGAAGGGCCGAGGAAGGUCUCUUCGAAACCGAGUCUUAGCCUCCUCGCUGUCGUCGACGAGAACGAGCAGAUUCAGAUCGACCAGUCCAAGUCUUCAGCUCCUGCGGAAGUGUCCCCAUCUAACCCUCGUGCUCGUCUCGAGUCGACAACGUCCUCCCGCUUCUUCCCCGGUGGCUGGUUCUCGAGUACGACUAAGCUUCCUGAGGAAGGCCGCGCCUCCUUGGAGAUCGCCACCGGCGUAUUCGCUAAGAGCCCCAGCGACUCGCCUGUGGCGUCUCCCGCGGUCGAGGCCCCCCCUGCCACCCCCGUCGAUGGCAACGUGGAUGAGAAGAAGAACAAAGGGAAGUGGUGCGUUAUCAUGUAAUUUGGGGUUCCGCAAAUGUUCGAUCUUUUGCUUCACGACUGUAACGAAUUUAUGACCUCAUUAUCUUGCCAAUACAUAUGCACGCACACAUACUGCUCCGGUAUAAUCACCACUCACACUCCCGCCUAGUUUCACCCUUGCUGUGGUUACUUCGUCCUACGUUCGUUCAUUCAUUGUCGAUCCAAUCAAUGCAUUCUUUCUUGGUUCGAGUAUAGCUCAAGCUAUCGGCUCUCUUACGAUGACUUGUGGUCCUGGGUGAGGCUUUGGGGGAGGAGGCCGCGCCAGCUGUGGCCAAUCAUGGACACGCAACUUAGUAGGGUCACUUGUGUCUUCCGUCCA